ACUGGGACUGGAGAACAUUUCAUUCGACAGAUAUGGACGAGCGACAAUAGGAGAUGUGCCAGAGCCUUUUUUGGCAUACUCCAUUGGUACAACAGCUCAGAUGGAAGAUGCAGUGACAGCACCCACAAGUGUGGCAGCAGAUGACAUGAACAUAAGUAGAUGUGAGGUUAUUACUCAGUUGGAGCAUAUUCAUGCCAAUCGAGAAAUUUGGAAUCAGACCUUGACAACAGAACAAAUCAGACUGCUUGACCGUGUGUUGGACACUCAGAAAUCAAAUGAUGAAAACAUUGUUCAAAUCUACAAGUGCACUUUGAAAAGAUCAGACUUUUUGACCCUGGGGUUAAGCAUGGAACUGGAGGCAACAAUUGCCAACUGUUGCCUGCAGCUAGUUACUGAAAUUGCCAGACAUCGGGUGAGUUUUGGAGAAAAAAAGUAAGUGUGUAAAGUAAAGUAAGUGUGUGUGUGUGUGUUAUGAUCUUUGUCAGUCACAAUUUUGUUUUAGGGAAUUGAUGCCUACACUGUGGAUCCGUAUGUUGUGGUGACCUGGAAGCCUCCAUACAAUCAAGAUCCUUUUCUUUCCCUUCCGGUAAGUAACCUCUCCAUUUGUACUUUAUUGGCAAAAUCUGUUGGAUUUAAAUGUGAGAU